CGGAAGCAGAGGUGCGGCGGGGCUAGAAGCGGGCGGGCGAAGGAGCGCGCUUGUCUCUGAUCCGCGUGAGGCGUUCCGGCUCGUCGCUCCCUUCUCUGCUUCUCGCCAUGUCGCGACGGCGGCACAGUGACGACAGCGAUGCAGGGCAGCCCCACAAGAGACGGAGGACUUCUGAGCCGUCGGAGAUCGAGGAGAGGCUCGAGUCGCUCAUCUGCAGGGUGGGAGAGAAGAGUAAUUCGUCUUUGGAGAGCAACUUGGAGGGCCUAGCUGGUGUUUUGGAAGCUGAUCUGCCAAAUUACAAAAGCAAGAUACUAAGAAUACUAUGUACUGUUGCACGUCUGUUACCAGAAAAGCUUACUGUUUACACAACCCUAGUUGGGUUGCUGAAUGCCAGGAACUACAAUUUUGGUGGGGAGUUUGUAGAAGCCAUGAUUCGUCAGCUUAAAGAAUGUCUGAAAGUCAAUAUGUAUAAGGAAGCUGUGCAUUUAGUUCGUUUUCUGUCUGAUCUUGUGAAUUGUCAUGUAAUAGCUGCACCUUCGAUGGUGGCUAUGUUUGAGAACUUUGUGAGUGUGACACAGGAGGAAGAUGUACCCCAAGUACGAUGUGACUGGUAUAUGUUUGCAUUUCUGUCAUCUUUGCCUUGGGUUGGGAAAGAGUUAUAUGAAAAAAAGGAUGCUGAAAUGGAUCGUCUCUUGUCUCAGACAGAAAGUUACUUGAAACGCCGCCAGAAGAUUCAUGUACCCAUGCUACAAGUUUGGACUGCUGAUAAACCGCAUCCACAAGAAGAGUAUUUAGACUGCCUUUGGUCUCAGAUUCAGAAGCUGAAAAAAGACCGUUGGCAAGAACGACACAUUCUGAGGCCCUACUUGGCUUUUGAUAGCAUUCUUUGUGAAGCGCUGCAACACAAUCUGCCUCCAUUCACUCCUCCACCUCACACGGAAGAUUCAGUGUACCCGAUGCCAAGGGUUAUUUUUAGGAUGUUUGACUAUACAGAUGACCCUGAGGGCCCGGUCAUGCCUGGCAGCCACUCUGUUGAACGAUUUGUAAUAGAAGAGAAUCUUCACUGCAUCAUCAAAUCCCACUGGAAAGAGAGAAAGACUUGUGCUGCACAGCUGUUGAGCUAUCCAGGAAAUAACAAGAUCCCCUUGAACUACCACAUAGUAGAGGUGAUAUUUGCAGAAUUGUUUCAGCUUCCAUCUCCACCACACAUUGAAGUCAUGUACACAACACUACUGAUUGAACUGUGCAAACUUCAGCCUGGCUCUUUACCACAAGUUCUUGCACAAGCCACAGAAAUGCUCUACAUGCGUUUGGACACAAUGAAUACAACAUGUGUGGACAGAUUUAUUAACUGGUUUUCUCACCACUUGAGCAACUUUCAGUUCCGUUGGAGCUGGGAAGAUUGGUCAGAUUGUCUUACACAGGACCUUGAAAAGCCCAAACCCAAAUUUGUGAGAGAGGUUUUGGAAAAGUGCAUGCGACUCUCCUAUCAUCAACGAAUAAUAGACAUUGUUCCUGCAAGUUUUUCUGUCCUCUGUCCUGCUAAUCCAGUGUGCAUUUACAAAUACGGAGAUGAAAGUAAUAGGUCUCUUCCUGGAUAUACUGCGGCACUGUGUUUAACAAUUGCAAUUAAAAAUAAGGCCAGUAAUGAAGAAAUCUUCAGCAUUUUAAAAGAUGUGCCUAAUCCAAACCAGGAUGAUGAUGAUGAUGAAGGAUUUACCUUCAGCCCUCUGAAAAUAGAAGUCUUUGUUCAGACUCUGCUCCAUCUAGCUGCAAAGUCUUUCAGCCACUCCUUCAGUGCCCUGGCAAAGUUUCAUGAAGUCUUCAAAACACUUGCUGAAAGUGAUGAGGGGAAACUCCAUGUUCUGAGGGUUGUAUAUGAGGUUUGGAAGAAUCAUCCACAGAUGAUUGCUGUGCUUGUGGACAAGAUGAUUCGGACACAAAUUGUUGACUGCGCUGCAGUAGCAAACUGGAUCUUCUCUUCAGAGCUUGCACAUGAUUUUACUAGGCUUUAUAUCUGGGAGAUCUUACAUUCCACAAUUCGUAAGAUGAAUAAGCAUGUUCUGAAGAUUCAGAAAGAACUGGGGGAGACUAAGGCAAGAUUGGCCAGGCAGCACAAAAGAUUACAGCGAGACAGUGAUGAUGAUGAUGAUGAUGAUGACCGAAGUAGUGAUCGGGAAGAUGGACCGCUAGAAGAGCAGAUAGAGCGCUUGCAAGAAAAAGUGGAGUCAGCCCAGAGUGAGCAAAAGAAUCUCUUCCUUGUUAUAUUCCAGCGUUUCAUUAUGUUGUUAACUGAGCACUUGGUGCGCUGUGAGACUGGUGGAAUUGAUGUAUUUACACCUUGGUACAAGAGCUGUAUAGAGAGGUUGCAGCAGAUCUUCCUUCAACAUCAUCAGAUAAUCCAGCAGUACAUGGUCACCCUAGAGAACCUCCUGUUUACAGCUGAACUGGACCACCACAUACUGGCUGUGUUUCAGCAGUUCUGUGCUCUGCAGGCCUGAGGAUUAUUCACAGGCAGUUUUCUCUGCAGGACUUUAAUGAAUUUAAGGUUUUUUUUUAAUAAGAAAACUUCACAUGGGGAUUUAAGAAAUUUUUGACUAAAACUGCGUUUCAUGUGCUCCUAUAUAAAAGAAUACAGUACUCUAACCAACAGAAAACUAAGUAUCAUAAGCCUUAGAAGAUAUGACUGAUAGGGGAUAGACAUGAAGUAUGAAUUUUUUUACUUCAUGAUAGUAUUUUUGUUUUUCCCCGUUGUUUACAUAAAAACCCAGAAACAAAGAUAAAAAAUAAAAAACCACAAAAAAACCACAAAAAACCCAAACAAAACAAAAAAAUACAAAACAAAAAAAAAAAAGCCCUGAAGUAGAAUUUGUUACCUCUGCCUGGCCCUUAAAUGAAAGGAGUUGCAAAAAUGAGAAACAGUUUAUAGCGCUUUGUGAAUCUGAAAGGGAAUGCACCCUCUGUGAGCAGUGUGGUAAGUUCUCUAGCAUGGCACAGGAAAAGCAUCGUAAUUUUGGGCCUGUGAAACACUUGAGUUAAGUUUUCAAAGUAGUAUAGAGCGUAUGAAUUUGUUCAUUACCAAGCCAGCUAGAUUUCAACACUUUGGAAGAACAUGGUUGUAAUACAAUUGAAAUAUGUUUUUUUAAUGUAUUGUUUAGUGUCUUAUUACAGUAGCUAUAAACAAUCGUUAGCGGAACAUCAUGGAUAACUUCUGAAAAAUGCAAUCCUUUUUGCAGUAUGGGCAAAGAAUUGUGAACUGCUUCUGGCAGCAGUCUUCACUGGUAGAUGCAGACAGCAAGCAAGAGCUGGAGCAGAACAAACUUCUUACUUCCGUACUGCAAGCCUUACCUGGGCGUUGGGAGCUCCAGCCCCAGAUGCCAGGGGAGAAGGCAGGGCAGCAUUUAGCUUGUUCCCUUAUUUCAGCCUGUAAUGAUUUGGGCUGCCAAGCUUGUGCUGGGCUGGCCCUGCAGCGAUGCCAGGAAUCUUUCUGGUGGUGAUGGUGGGAUGAACCCAGUGCCCUCACCUCAUCUGGCUUAGUAACAGCUGCUUUGCUGUGGCUGCAUCUGCUAACCUUCCCUUGCUUUAAAAUGUGACAACAGCAUGUGACUGCCAUGUCUCGAGACGGAAUUUUAUGCUAAAUUAAGUAAGAUCUCACAGAAGACUAGAACUGGGAAAACAACCUGAAAAUAGAGUAGCCUUAGUUCUGAGUUGUGCAAGUAACAUUACAUACAUAAAUGCCACACCAGUGUGGUCUGUAUCAUAGUAAGCAGUGAUGAGUGGCACAGAUGAUGCCUUAGGUGCUCAGGUCUGUCACUGUGCAGUGUAUUUCCAGGCUGUUUAUGGUCUCUUCAUUUUGCAGAUGUAUGUUUAAAAUACCCCAUGCUAUUCAGUUUAGGCUUAGAAAGUUAUGAGCUUUUGAGUAAUUUUGUUCCUGUAUGAAUUAUUUUUUCAAGUAUUAUACCUAGUAAUGCAUUUCAUCCAUACGUGACCAACUGACCUCCUGAUCAAUAAAGAAGGGUAAAAAAUGGAGCUUUUUACUUUGACCUAAGUUUGUAUGUGGCCUCCAGCAAUCAGAUAUAUCCUUGUAGACUUAGAUAUGUUACUCUGCUUUCUCUGCUUGCCCUUUCUGAUGUGACUGAUCCCUCCAUUCCUAUAGGUUAUACUGUUAAUUGUUGUAGAUCUGCUUUAUGCAGGGGUUUUGUCAGUCAUGCACAGACUUCUGCUUCAAAUAUUUCUCUGUUAAUGUUCUCGAGUAAUCAAAUAGGUGUUUGGUUGGUUUAUUUUGUUGUUUUUUUUUUAAGAAACAAUACUGUAGAGGUUUUAAUUGGGGUUUAAUGGUUUUUUUUUCACUGGUUCAGAUCAGUGUCAGAGUUCUGAUGUUAACUAAUGGUGGUGGUCUGACUACAAAUGUGAUAUCUGUAACAUUGAUAAUGCAGUUAAAACUUGCAAACCUGUAACUUCCUCUGAGCCUUGACAAAUGUGGGUGCUGGGGAUCCAGUUGUAAAUGCCUGAGUGUAAUCCAAUGAUUUAAAACCAAAUAGCAAUGUCUUUCAAAAUUAAAUCGAUUUCCACGGUGAGCAUGGGCUUUGAUUAAUUUCUUGAGUCUGUUGGACACCUUCCCCUCUUUGUAGGUCCAGUGGUGUACACCUGACUUGACUGGGAAACUGGUUGCAUCUGUGGGAAAGAGGAGAGAAGCUCGCACAGCGCUACCAAGCAGCUAACUGGAGAAACUUGGAACUGCUGGUGCAUGGGGGAGGUGGAUCAUGUAAAGAUGCUGUAAAAAUGUGGUAGUUGGAAAAAAUGCACAAAGAUAGAAAUAAAUGAAGGUGAAGAAG